GGAUGCCAAUGGCACACCACUUUCCCUUAUUUGCUACAGAGAGCCUGGUGCAAAACGUAGGUUGUUUCACUGCAGAGUUUGGGCUAUUUUGUGUAUGUGGGUGGGUGGUGUUGGGGUGCAGCCAAUCACUCACAGCCUUGACUUUAUCACGGUUGUGGGUUGGCGAGACACUUGUGCAACAAGGAGCGGAUUCUGAAGUAUGACAUUUGCAAGGCUGAAACCUCUGACCUUAUUCCCAUGAAAAAACAAUGACACUAAAAAGAAAUACUAAUUUAUUCUGGCAGCUGCUUGACAGUGCAAUGAGUUUCCUCAGAAGGUGGAUGUUUUUAAGCAGAGGCUGGGUGGACAUCUGUCAUGGAUGCCUUAGUUGAGAUUCCUGCAUUGCAGAAUCUACAAUUCUGUGAUUUUAUGUAUAAUCCUUGAACUUAAUCAGCCUCUUUUUACAGCUGAUGCGUAACCUUGGUCCACCUGCAGAUAAGUUUUUAUUUCUUCGAUAAAAAGAGUUAUUUUGCAGGUGAUAAAAAGCAGGCUCUGCAGGUAUGUACCUUGAAGCACCUUUUAGUGGCUGGCUUUAUCUCUGGGAAAGAGAAGUGCUCCUUCUUUUACGAUUAGAUAAAAGCCUGCAAUGGCAGCUGAUGAUCUCAAAACUGCUCGAUAGGAAAGUGCUGAUAAAUGUUUAAAAUUCCCGAAGGCUAGUCCGUGCUGGUCAUGGAGUUUGCACUCUGGGAAAAGAAAUCCCAAAGUUUGUUCCUUUUGGCUGUUGAGAAGGGGGGGGCAGUCUGGUGUAGUGGUUAGGGUGUUGGCCAUAAAGCUUUCUAGGUGACCUUGGUGUGAGGAUAAGACACCACCAUCUGCACUUACUCUUGGAAGGAAGGACGGAACAAAAGUGUAAUAUAAUGUAAUACGAGAGGAGCCUCAUUGAUUCCCAUGUGAUUAGAGGAACCGUUCUGUCAUUUGCCCUAAAGAGCUGUUUCAUCGUUCUAAUAGCGCUGCCCUGCAUGCAGCUGUAGGAGGAAGCCAAAGAUUUAUUUUUCCUAGAGGUGACAUUAUCGACAGCUUGUAUUGGGUUAGAGCGUCUGAUCAUUUCCAUCACGUAGCAGAGCACCCUACGAUUCUCAGCUCCUUUUUCACCAUCAGGAUCCUGCCUAGUUUGCUGGGUGGCGGUCCUUCUCUAUGAUGGCCCCCACGUUGUGGAAUGACCUCCCUUCCGAGUUGUACCCUUUUCCCAGAGGCCUUCGCGAGUGGAGGACAAGUGUGAAGGAUGGCGGCCCGGCGUGCGCUAAAGGCAGUCCUGGUGGAUCUCAGUGGAACGCUUCAUAUUGAAGACUCGGCUGUUCCAGGGGCCCAGGAAGCUCUUAAAAGGCUGCGCAGUGCUCCGGUUUCCAUCCGGUUCGUGACCAAUACGACAAAGGAGUGCAAGCGAGAUUUGCUGGAGAGGCUGAGGGAACUCGAGUUCGACAUCAAGGAAGACGAGAUCUUCACAUCUCUGACGGCAGCCAGAAAUCUCUUGGAGCAGAAGCAAGUCAGGCCCCUGCUGCUUGUCGAAGACAACGCACUGCACGAUUUCAAAGGGAUUGAUACAAACGAGCCCAAUGCUGUGGUGAUAGGGCUUGCUCCCGACCACUUCAAUUACCAAAUGAUGAACAAAGCAUUUCGACUGAUCCUCGAUGGCGCUCCCCUCAUAGCUAUACACAAAGCCAGGUAUUACAAGAGGAAAGACGGCCUCGCUCUCGGCCCUGGACCUUUCGUCACGGGGCUGGAAUAUGCAGCCGACGUGGAAGCCACCGUGGUGGGGAAGCCCGAGCGGACGUUCUUCCUGGAAGCCUUGCGUGGUACCGGCUGCACGCCAGAGGAAGCCAUCAUGAUUGGCGACGACUGCAGGGAUGACGUGGGAGGUGCCCAGAACGCUGGGAUGCUGGGAAUACUGGUUAAGACGGGGAAAUACCGAGAGAGGGACGAAGGCAAAAUUACUCCUCCUCCGUACUUAACUUGCGAGAGCUUUCCCCAUGCUGUAGACCACAUCCUCCAGCAUCUCCUAUAAAGACGCCUGCAAGAGUUACAUCCGGCGGCAUCCUCAGCAGAGCCCAAGCAGACUUGCUUGGGGGAGCUCUUGGUGGACGGCACCAAGCGGGGAGGAUCACAUUUGAAUGCUCUCCCCAGAAGGGUAGCUUCCUGUGCAUAGGAAUCAGCCUACCACAGAGAAGAGUCGUAGCCUAGCCUUCACCCUGCCUGGCACGCCAGUUUUCUUGUUCUUUUCACGGCAGGGAGAGCUUAGAUAGAUGUCCCCCUCCCCCCUUGUCUGCUGUCUAGCGUGGCACCUUCUGCACUUUUGCAGAAUGCAUAGCUCAGUUAUUCCUGCGACAUGACAUUUGAACGGAAAAGGAGAUAAACGCUAAGCCCAAGCCUUGUUAAAAAACAGUGAGGCAUGAGUGCACUGGCCUCUCUCUUCCCUUCCACCCUCCUUCCCGCACUGAUGCCAUGAACAGGGGAAUACUCCUCAGGUGUUGUUCCUGAGCUCUGAGUGGUGUGUGUGUCAACAGCACAGUGCUGGUCAAUAACUGAGUUUGCAUGUUUGCCAGUUCAAAAGCAGCCAAGGUUUGCUGUUCACCUAAACAAAGUUUUUGAUAAAUCCCAACCAACCACAUUUAAACCACUUCAUGGUAACUUUUUUUUGCGUGUUUUUAAAGCGACAUGGUAAACGGUACCACGAGCUAUCAUUUACUGGAAGUCUAAAUUGCAAAAUAUCAAGGGAUUUUGUUUAGGUUACUUACCAUGGCUAGCCACUUUCCUCCUCCUGAUCCAAUUAAAUACAGCCAGGCUGCAUCUUAAUUAGCGAUUCUUAAUUUAAAGCACUCCUACCAUUCAUAAUCAUAUUCGUGGCUGAACUUCUGCCAGCCCAUUAAUAGUGGCCAGGGUUGUUUUUCAAUUUUUAUGCACAAAUUAGAACUACCAGAGCUUUACAGAUGUUUUAAUUAGGUGGGGUUAUUAACAGGAAUGGCUUGGAAACAGAGAUCUGGUCCAUAAUGGCUUCUAUAGACCAUGAAUUUCUGAUGUUAGACUUCAAUGGGGGCCUAUUAAUUUGACAAUUGCAAGGUUUCAUUGGGUUGGUGGAGUCCCCCACCCAUUUCCUUACAGAGAGGGAAAAUCCUAGGGAAACCAUGGGGACAAAUUCCCCCCCUUUUUAUGGGGUUUUGCUAGUACAGCUGUAAAAUGAAAUUGCAAUUUGAAGCAAGUCCUAUCCUUCCCGCACAUGUUAAAGGCACCAAAAUGAGCUAACUUUUGUAAUGGCAGUAAAUGGCUUCUCUGGACCAUUUGCAAAACUAAGAAUGAAGCCCUUUUUGUUUACUUUAUGGUGCUCCUGAGUGUUAAAUUAUUAGACUGUAAUUGUAGCUGUGGCUUUACUGAAAGAGCAGUUUUCUUAAUGAGCUACAGCUACACUCUCUUUUGGAUGGAAAACACACCAGGACUGUAACGGAGACCGUAGCUGAGUGGAAACAUGAUUAGGAACGCUGAUCAGAGAUUCAUAUAACAAAAGACACAACAAAAUGCAACCGUUUAGGCAAAGUUAAGUGCUGCUUCAUUGCGGCUGAUUUCAAGCUGCAGCAUUAAGCACAUGUGUAAAUCUCUCCUUCACUCUGGCAGGAUCCAACUCUAAUUGUUGUUUCUUAAAUGGAAAAUGCUGCCCUGAUGAGACUGAGUUCCUCUAGACAAAAAGUGGGCUAUAAAUAUGGUAACAGCAAAACCUAAAACAAUUGCUCAAUUUUUUUUAUAUAAAACACUGGCCCAAAUCCAAUGGCUAGCAGUGCAAUCCUAACUCCAUAUACUCGGUAGUCUGUCCUGUUGAAUUCAGUGAGACUUGCACACAGGCAAGUAGGGUUAGGACUACAACCCAAAUUCCGUUGAAAUUAACUAGUUAGAACUGACAACUCUCACUGUUUGCCGUAGGAUGUGCAUGCCAAUCUUACGCACAUUUACCCAGAAGUUAGUCUUAAGUUCCAUGGAGCUUACUUCUGAUUAACAGUGCACAGGACUGCAACUGUACUAUUAUUAUUUACUAUUAUUAUUAUUACAACACAGACUCAUCCCCAGAAACAUAAGAGUGCUUUAUUCUGGGACAAGGAGAGUCAGGUGGUGUGAAAUGCAGCAUGUCGGCAAUUCCGGCACUGACCUUCCCAGCCUAAGGGCCAAAACAGAUUAGAUGUAGAAAACAAGUGGAGUGACUACCUUUUGUUUUGGUUCUUCCCUUUAACAUGGCUGUGGGGAGCUCCAGAUUCAACAGCAGAAGCAGUGUUACAAGUGUGUGCACUUGUGAAGACAUGUGCUUAUCCCUUUCCUCAUGGUCUGCUUCCUGACCAAGUUUCUCCUGCAUUUUUCUGACCAUCCCGCCUCCCCCCUGUGUUCCUUGAUAAACUUUAGUAGCCCUAACCUAGCUAAAGUUACUUGUGGACGUUUAUUUAACUGACCUAUUGUUAAAGCACUUAUUAGCCAUCUUUCCAGGGCUCAAGGUAACAUACAUUCCUUAUUCAUCAUCAUCACCACCACCAUUUUGAAGUAAUACAAACUAAUAACCACUUGAAAAAUCAUACAAAAAAACACAAACAACCAGUGAACAGACCAGACAAGGGAAACACUAAAUGGAAAGCAGUGCAUCAUGUAUAGUUUCUGAAAGGUCCACCAAGCUCUAAGGGAUGGGGGAACUGUUAUCAUUAGGGCCAGGUGAUAUAUCAUCCAAAACUGAUUUGAAGUCCAUAUUGUGAGAUUGGUUUCAUAAUUUUUGACCUGGCAAAAUAUCAUGAAUCGUAUGUGUGUGUGUGCUAUACAGAAAUCGCAAUGUGGGAAAAACUGAAGCUAGCCAAUGCUUUUCUCGAUUCUUGCAGCCCCUGUUGACUCUGCUGGUUCAGCUCUCCCCUGCUUCAUGCCGGGGGCCAUGAAUCACAAGAGCAGGCGCCAGCAAAAAAGCAACAUGGGGGAAACCGUGUAGCCAGCCGAUGCCUCUACAUACCUCCAUCCUUAUUUCAGACAUCGUGAUGUACAGUGGUACCGCCCCCCCUUACGAAUGCUUCGGGUUACACACUCCGCUAACCCGGAAGUAGAUGCCCCUUGUUGCGAACUUUGCCCUGGGAUGCGAGCAGAAGUUGCGCUCCGGCGGCGCAGCAGCAGCGGGAGGCGCCAUUAGCGAAAGCACGCCUCAUGUUACGAGUGGUUUCCGG